AUGGCAUUCCUCGAUGGUCGUCUCGUUCUCAGCUCUGAGAGAUUCACGGAGCGCGUCGAUAGCGCGGGAAAGCAGGUCGUGAUGCGCAAGACGAAAACAGGCCUCGUCGGGACGGCCAAACUCAAGACCUUGCAAAGAGGGGAACCGGCACCAGCACAACGACGAACGCGUGCAAUGAGAAGUCAAUCCGUCAUCGACCACUUUGGGCGCGGAACAGAGGCAUACCUCGACCAAUUUGGCGUCAAGGACGAGGUCGAAUCUUCGAUGUUGACGCGUCUGAGCACGGUUCCCGUCGCGUUCCAAUCGACUGAGGCAGAGUUCCAGAGGAGCUUCAGCUCAUUACGACAACACGUCGUGGAGCCGUCCCUGCAGAUCGUGGCCCAGGCCAAAGGUUUGGCCACCGUCCCAUUCCAACAGGUCGAGGCUUCGCCAACACGCCGAUACAAUCAGGAAGACGAGGUCGAGGUCGCCUUCCUGAUUGUAUCGGCGCGUUGGCGAAGCCUCGAGCUGUCGGCGCCCGAACCUCUGGCCUGGGUCACGAUUUGA